AAAUGAGGCUCUUUGUUGCCAUUAAUGACGCUGUCGUGGUUGUGGUUGUAGUGAAUGCUGGCCUAACUGGUUACGUUUAACUGUGGUUUCAAGUUUUUGAAAAUUUCGAAAAUGUCAAGUGAAGAGCCGAAAGAAACUUUAGCAGGGCAUCCUCCAGCAGUAAAAGUUGGAGGUAUGAGGGUUGGACAACAUCACACCCAUCACCCAGAAUUAAAGACAGCAGAAAGAGCAAAACAGGAGGAAGAGUUCCAAACUGAAAAGCCAGAUGAGGGUGCAGUUGUUGUAGGUGGAGCAGUGAGUAAAGGUAACAAGGAUUUCUCUCCAGAAGCUGCAAGUGUUGCUCAUCAAAAGCCUUUACCAACACUUCAGAAGACAAGCAAGGGGCCCAAGUCUCAAAUUAGUCAACCAAGAAAAUUUAAUAAUUAAUUUGCUGCUUGCAAAACAUUCUUAUAUUGAUCAGAGAAUGAAGAAUAAAAAGUAAUAAAACUGCUUUCAUUCAGUAGCUUUGUGUUGCAUUCCAUUCAGAAUUUUGAGCAAUUUUUUUUAAUUGAUUUUAUUAAUUUUUGCUGUAAGUGCUUUACACAUUCUUAGAUAAAUUCACAAAACAAAGGAUAUAAUUCACACAUCCACUCUUUGAAAUUGCCAGUAUUAAUGAUUCUUUGCAGAACAUAGGAUAAAUAAGCUUGCUUACAUAUAUCACACAUCCACAACACCAAUUUUAUUUGGAGUUUUUCAACAUUUCAACCUGAUUUGGUAGAUUUGCUUGAAAAUCAUGCCAUUCAAAUACAGUGAUGAUUGUUUCAAGGUUACAUCUUGUAUUCAUUUAUUCACCAUACACAUCAACACUUUUAAAUAGGGGCUUCUAUGUGUUAGCUUUUUAUUAAUUUCAAGAUUUGAGUACUGUAGAGCUUUUGGUAUUACUAUACUUCCUGUUGCUAUUCAUUAUAUUUGAUUUA